CCUAAGAUGCCAUAUUUGUACUCAACAUUUCUAAGACUGUAUUUGGAUAAUACAUCUGUCUUAAGAUCAGUUUUCCUCAUGGUCUGACUCGAGUUUGAACAAAGUUGCUUACUAACAUGGAUGACAGCAAACAGACCUGCUCUACCGAGAGAUCUGUAGACCCCUCUCUCGUUUCAGAAGAUGGAAAAAAUGUGAAAGCAGUGUUGUGCCAGAGAUGUGGCUCCAACGUGCUCUGCCCAGGCAUGGCACUGUUUGCAGAAAAGGAGCUGUUUCUGCCUGUAAUGAGAAAGAAAACCUCCAUUGGUCAGUCAGACGGGACGUUUGAUGGGGACACAUUGACCGCUCACUGGCUGGUUGAUGACAUGUACACAUUUGAGAAUGUGGGCUUUACAAAAGAUGUAGGUAAAGUGAAGUACCUUAUUUGUGCGGAUUGUGAGAUCGGACCCAUUGGUUGGCAUUGCCUGGAUGACAAGAAGAGCUUCUAUGUGGCAUUGGACAGGGUGAACCACGAAUAAAGCACGUACUGAAGUCACUGUUUGGAAAAUUCUAUGGUAUUCGACUACAUAACACAAAUGGCUUUCAUAUUUUGUUCUUUUGGCAGAGUUCAGAUAAAUGCGGUUGGUUUUUGUA